AUGAAGAUUUUAACACAUAACAUGAUGGCUUGUACCAAGAGACAAUGUGUCGGUAGAGGAUUUCCAUUGCUAUUGGAGGUUAAAGAUGUUUCGAAAUUAGAACAAGAGUUUAACGUUGAAUUUACAAAGAAUAUCUUUCCAAAGUUGGAUUGGAAAGGUAUUACAAUGGUAGCUGCACAAUUUAAUUUAAAUUUAGGUCCAAUCACAGAGAAAUCAAUUGAAGAUGAAGAGUUUUUAAAGAAUUUAUAUAAUCUUUUAUGUAAUGUUAAAGUAAUGACAGGUCAAUUGACAUGUCCAAAUUGCCAACGUGUAUAUCCAAUCGACCAAGGUAUCCCAAAUAUGUUAUUAAAAGAAGAUGAAAUUUAUCAAGAUAUUCAACCUGAACAACAACAACAAUAA